AUGCAAACGCUCGUCAGCGACCGUGGACUCCGACGCGCAGACCCGCCUUCUCAAGAGGUCCUCACCGGCGAGUUCAUGUUCAUGCAGAACCAUAUCCACCCCAUCCAGGAACUCGUCGAGGACUCGGCGCCCAGGAUCCGCGAGUGCGACGGCAUCGCUGUGAUCCAGCCGUUCGUCGCGCACGCGUUCUCCUCCUUCGAAAAGCUCCUCAACACGAUUGACUGGUCACCGCUGCCUGUAUCACCGGACGACGCCUGCAGCUGGUUCGCGCUUACUCUGGAAGACAUGCUCCAAUUCCACUCCCAUUCCUCAGACGGCAUUCGCCAUCUGGUCACACCUUCGCUCGUUGCAGCGCUCGAGCGCGUAUUCAUACAGUUCGCUGGAACGGAGGACUGGCGUCAUAUGUACCCGCGGAGUUUGUGGGUGGACAUGUGCAAAGAUUGUCUCCUCGAUCUCACGUCGAAGGUCCCUCCGUGCCGGGCCCCUCCACCAGACGCGUCGUCUUCCGCCGCAGGUCCUCAAUCGGAGAAACAGAACGACCAAGCUGCGGAACCCGAGCCUGUAUCCGUCCUUCAUUUCCCUGCCGAUUUCCCCGUGGAGGUGGACGCCACUGCCACUCCACACGAAAUGUCCACGGCGCCCGACGCAGCGACCGGGACCCGACUGCUCGUCAGUAUACUAAGAACGGUCGAACACGCGAGCACAGAGUCAGAAUGGGACAAACUGUGGGAGAACGACGCGUUCCAGAAGAUCAGUGACGCCGGAACGUUGCACCUCGCUGCCUUCGCAGUAGCUUACCGGAUGCAAACGCUUGUCAGCGACCGUGGCCUCCGACGCGCAGACCCGUCUUCUCAAGACGUCCUCACCGGGGAGUUCGAGUCCAUGUACAAGAAUAUCGACUCCAUCUGGGAACUCGUCGAGGACUCGGCGCCCAGGAUCCGCGAGUGCGACGGCAUCGCUGCGAUCCAGCCGUUCGUAGCGCACGCGUUCUCCUCCUUCGAAACACUCCUCAACACGAAAGCCGACUCGUCGUUGCCUGUAUCACCGGACGACGCCUGCUCCCACUUCUGCUGUAUCCUGGACACUAUACUCGAAUUCAACUCCAUCCCUCAGACGGCAUCCGCCGUCUGGUCACACCGUCGCUCGUUGCAGCGCUCGAGCACGCGUUCACACAGCUCGUUGGAACGGACGACUGGAGUCGAGUGGAGGCUCAUGGUUUCACGCCUGUGCGCAGGUGCCAAGAUCUCCUCCUCGAUCUCAGGUCGAAGGUCACGCCGUGCCCUCCGCCCGAUGCGCUGUCUUCCACUAGAGAUCCUCAAUCAGGGGAACACAGCGACCAAGCUCCGAAACGCGACCCUGCGGAUUUCAUCGCGGCAGUGGACGCGGCUACCAGGCCCACAAAACAUUCACGGCGCCGACGCAGAGACCAGGACCCAAAUACUCAUCAGCCUUCAAAGAACUGCUGAACCCGCAAACACAGACUCAGAAUGGGCAAAUUGGCGCACCAACGCGUUCCAGAAAUCCGUGACGCCGGAACGUUGCGACUCGAGCGCUCACCGUGACCGCAGCUGCCUUCGUGGCAGCGCACGGAUGCAAACGCAUGUCAGCGACCGUGGCUCCGACGCGCAGACCGCCUUCUCAAUACGUCCUCACCGGCGAGUUCAUGUUCAUGCGGAACAUAUCGGCCCCAUCCGGGAACUCGUCGAGGACUCGGCGCCCAGGAUCCGCGAGUGCGACGGCAUCGCUGCGAUCCAGCCGUUCGUCACGCACGCGUUCUCCUCCUUUGAAAAGUUCCUCAGCACGAUUGACUGGUCGCUGCCUGUAUCACCGGACGACGCCUGCUACUGGUUCGAUGAUAUCCUACGGCAUACGCUAUCUGGUCACACCUCCCUCGUUGCGGCGCUCGAGCGCGCGUUCAUACAGCUCGUUGGAACUGAGAAUUGGCGUCAAAUGGAGCCGGAGGAUGUAGAUGUGCGCUGGUGCAAACGUCACCUCCUCGAUCUCACGUCGAAGGUCCCGCUGUGCGCUCCACCGGGCACGCCCGGGACUCCCACCGGAGACCCUCAAUCGGAGAAACACACCGAGUUCGUAUCCACCCUUGCCACUUUUGUGAUUCCUGAUGCUGACCCCGCCUCACAGCCCUGCGGAUUCCUCGCCACGGUGGAUGCUGUUGCCACUCCACACGAAACGUCCAUGGCGCCCGACACGGCCCCUGCCACUUCGCCGGCCGCCUCCAUGGAUAUACCACGCACACCGUAG